ACCGGAACCGGCCCGGUGGGCGGGGCUUUGGGGGAGGCCUCGAAAGGAGAGCGGAGGAUCGCUGAGCCUUGCACUGCCGGGAAGCGGCCAAGUGAGUGGCAGGAGCGAAGCCGGCCACAUGGUUGUGUUUAGAUUAACCGUCGUUCGGCAUGGAGAAACAAGAUACAACAAAGAGAAGAUACUACAAGGACAGGGUAUUGAUAUGCCCCUCUCCGAGACAGGCUUCAGACAAGCCAAUGCUGCUGGUGUAUAUCUCAGUAAUGUAAAAUUUACUCAUGUGUUCUCAAGUGAUCUGCUUCGUGCAAAGCAGACAACUGACUCAAUUCUUAGAAACAGUCAAUUCUGCAAAGAGAUUGCUGUAAAAUAUGAUGAAAGACUUCGGGAACGAAAAUAUGGAAUUGCAGAAGGAAGGCCUCUGAGUGAUCUCAAGGCCUUGGCAAAAGCUGCUGGGGAACAAUGUCCAUCUUUUACACCUCCUGGGGGAGAAACACUAGAUGAAGUGAAAGCACGUGCUCAUGAUUUUUUUGAACACCUUUGCAACCUCAUUGCCUGUGAAGUAUGUUCAGAAAAGCAAAUUUCUGCAAGCAAAGAAAGAAAAGGCCCGGAUGUGGCAAAAGGACAUUCUACCACGUUGUUAGCAAAAGAUGGUGGUGGAUUACUGUUUCAUUCUGAUUCUAAUGGUGCUCCUGAAGUACUGGAUGCCGAUGUAUUGGUUGUAAGUCAUGGGGCGUAUAUGAAAACCUGGAUUGGCUAUUUGGUCUCAGACUUAGACUGCCCUCUGCCAGCCAGUUUGACAAAAACUGAACUGUCUUCUGUUAGUCCCAAUACUGGAAUUAGUCAGUUUAUUAUAACAUUAGACAUGAAAAAUAAAAUUAAGCCUAAAAUUCACUGCAUUUGUCUUAAUAGAGACAAUCAUUUGGGUGGCAUAACAGCUGAAAGCGUGUCAUUAAAACAUUAAAAGUGCCAAGGGUGUUUAUGCAGUGUAAAGAAGUAUAUUUUAUUUUUAAUUAUUGAAGUCUUAUGACCUGAUUUGCUCAGAGAGAAAAAAUGGACUGAAAUAACAAUUUGUUUGGAAAGUUGAUCUUUCAGCAGUUCAUUGUUGGUAAAUGUCAUACAAUAUAGUAGAAAUAAUAAUGAGUUGCUUACAUCUAUAGACAACUAAAAUUAUCCUGGCUGUGCAAUCAGUACUAUGGUAUUAAUUGUAGUAUUACAUUGAUGUACAG